AUGCAAUGUAUUAUUGGUAUUUCCAGAUCAAUAUUAAAGCGGGACACACACUCGCCCGAGGAUGCUAACGCGGCGAGUCGCGCCGUCGAGCGGAGCAAGAGCCUAGAGCAGAGGGAGAGGGAGUACGAGCGAGUGAGACGGAGGAUAUUCAGCACGGAUAAUUGUUCCCCGGACGAAUCUCAAUGGCCGUGGCUCCAAUCCGGACCCGUUAAACUGCUCACACCCGACUCUGGGAGGAAUAAACUGUUAAAAGUACAAUCACUAGAAGGCGCCGGCCCGCCUCAGUCUUGGCGCAACAGGGGCGCCGUUUCCAAAAGCCACAGUUUUGGCGGCUACGGAGGCGGUGCAGAAAACGCACCUACCAACCAACCUAGACUCCUUAGCCGGCAAGGUGACCUGGCUUCGAGUAGCUGGCGUCUAUCUCCCUCUAGCUCGGGCUACAAGACGCUAAGUCUGAGGAGUACAGACUCUGUCACUCCUUCACCCACAGGUGGUGCGAGUCCAGAGCCGGGGACAGAAAGUGUUGUGUUUGCGGUGGCCGACCUAAACUGCGUGCCUGCCGGCGCUCUCGUCAUACACCCACAGACGGGCCGCCCGCUGACCAACCCCGACGGGUCCGUGUAUCACUUCGACCCGCAGAACCCGCCCGUCAUGUACGACACCUACCAAGAACAAAAGAUUCAAAAUUGCGAUAAGAGUAGAGGGCGGUUGGAGAAACAGCACUCAUUCAUCGACACAGAAGCGGAAUGCCGUUGCGACGAGGGUCGGAGCAAGUGCUGCUGCGAGUGUCGGCGACAUGAUGGCUGCAGUCAACGGGGCUGCGACAACAAGAUUUCAGUACAAGCAGAGCAAAAAACUACCCCAAUACCAUCAAGCCCAGUCAAAAACCGUUACGAACAAAAUACAGAACAAACAACCAACCAAACUACGCCGCCUGAAACGUCAACCAAUCACAGACAAACUUACGACGCUGCAGCUACCCGCGUCGCAGAACCGACCAAUCAGAGGCCAGAGAUUCAGAACGUUCAAACAUUCGAACCAGCCAAUCAGGUCCCAUUCGAGCCUCAGAGAACGGAAUUCGAAAACCAACGGCCGAAGGUAUUUGAAAAUAGAACGUUCGAAGCGUCGAGUCACAGGCCGCCGUCGUUCGACCCGCUGGCCAAUCAGAGGGCGGCUAGCGAGAAUGUGACCAAUCAGAUGGCUCCGGUUAAUAAAUUGACCAAUCAGGAGAGCGUUGAGAUGCCGCAGUACGUCCCGCAGCAUUACCACAAGGGAUUUAGAAAUGACGAGGUGACAUCGCCUCCCCAAAUGGUCCAGAACCCUAUGAUGGCUGACGUCGGUGUGUACAACAUUAUGGCCCAGGCGAAGGUCACUUCUGUACCCGUGGACCCCAACCUCCGGCCGGUGUCUCUCACGAAUAUGGUGUUCCCCGCCGUGGCCCCGGCCUACCCCUACCUCAACCAACUGCGGAUGGAUCAGCCGUUGCAGCCAAUGUAUCAGCCUCUGAUGGAGGAACAGAAACUGGCGCCAUCUCCCCACAACGAACCUUUUAGGAUCGACCCGUCUUACCAGUACGCGUACCCGUGCGGCGCGUGCGCCGGCGCGUGCCUCGACCCGCACCAACACCAGCGCCCUUACAGCGUGGGCUACGGGCAGCUAGAGCAACAAAUGUUGCAGCAACCUUAUCCCGUGGGCAACGUGUUGCUGCAACACAACGUGCAACAUUAUCCCUACCCAGACGCAAUGCAGUGGGGUAGUCCCAUGAUACCCGGAGGGCCACCGAAACUUCUCAUGCACGAGUUGUGCCCCGUGUACCCACAGUACCCCUACGUGUACCCUCAGAUGAUACCACAACCGUAUCCGAUAGUCCAACCAAUCUACCCGACACUAGACAAGGACAGAAGACCGCGACGCGCACAUACUCUUCCCACAUCCCAGCGUACCACCCCCCAGCCGAGGGACAGAGACAGCGAAAUCGCGCUGAAGAUACAACAGGUACAGAUUAAGGAGCAAAUGGCGCAGCUUAACACUCAGGACAAGGAGAAGGGUGGCAACGGGUUGCUAGGCAACGCGCCGCCCAACUACAACGGGAGAGUAGGACGCAGCGUGUCGACGAACGACGAAACGCAGCUGUCAUCGGCGGCGCGCGCCAUUGUCAACUCCAUACGGAACAUGCAGGCGCACGCGCACACCAACCCGCACGACGCCAGGCGGCACGUGGGAGAGGGGUACCGCGAUAGGCGCGACGAGCGAGACGACAAGCGCCGCCCGCACAGACAGGUACUACACAUUUGA